UCUAGACAUACUUUUCAAAAUAGGCCCUCUGCUUUCCAGCAGUGAGUCAUGGUGAAAACAUUUCCCAAGAAGGGCACGACUUUUUAAUUUUAGGUUAUUAUGUUGUUAACUCGACUCUACUCCGAGGAGCUCAAAGUAGUGGACAUGGUAUCACUUGCCUUGAUCCUUGUAACCACCCUGUGAGGUAGGUUAGGUAGAGGGGUAGUGAGUGGCCCCAGGUGAGCCAGGGAGAUUCAGUACUGAGUCGGGCUUUGAACCUGGGUCUGGUCCAGCACUUCAGCUGCCGCACCACAGCGACCUGUGCGCUAGAUCACCUGCUGGAGGAGAGGUGAUCUGCUGAAGGCCACUGUCCCAGCCUGGUCCUUUUCAGAUGUAUUGGAAUACAACUGCUAUGCUGGCUGGGGGAUGCUGGGAAUUGUUGUCACCUGGAUCUGCAGGAGGGGAGCUGCCUUAAGAGAAACACUCCUGCAGCUCAGUGACUGGGACGCAGAACGGAUCAGGUUAACUGUAUGGAUCAGGUUAACUGUAUGUACUCGUCCUUGGGUUUUCUAUUCAGACAUUUGAUUUGUUUGCUUCAAUACAUUAUUUGUGUGACUUUUCAGCGUAGCAAAUACCUCCUUCACCACACAUGCUUUUACUGUAGCCAUGUUUUCACAGUUUUUGACGCUGUAUAUUUGCAUUUUGAUUACAAACUUCCCCAUUUCUCUGGAGGGUGAGAUUGAGAAACAAGGAGUGUUUGUUUUCUUGAGAUUAGGGAUUAAGAACAUUAGCCUCAGUGGCAAUAUCUGCAUAUUUCUUGGCCUGUUCUCUCUUGCUUGGCCUGCGAUUGCAUGAACUUUCUAUUAGUCCAUUGCUAGGGCUCUUUUGUAGCACAAGUUCCAAGCAUGCCAUACUAUCAAGUAACAAUGUAGGUAGAAACACACAUUCAGUUAUUCUGAGACUGAUGUUACACGACUGUUUCUACCCUUUGGCUACUCCCUGAGUUGCUUAUCACCACCAGUCUGCUUCACCAUAUCACUAAGGAAGGUAUCAAUAAGUUUUCAAGCAGCUACAGGCAAGACACCUAGCUUCUUGUAUAGAUAAAUCUGCUGCCCAUUGUAUUUCAAUGUGGCGAAUCACUGAGGAGAAUCCCACAACUCGACUUUUAGCUUGUGAUGUGGGGUGGGGAACUUUCCAUGGAGAACUUUCCAAAAUGGACAGUUUUCAGUGCUUUUUUUUUCAAUGGAUAAUUUGCCUUUUCAUCAGUUCACUGGUGACAAUAAAUAGAUGCCAGUUGCAAAUAUAACAUUAAGGUAGUCUCAGAGUUAUAAUUAAAUUUUUUGAGAUGAUUGUUGUUGUUAGUCAGUCCGACCCAUCUCGACCCCAUGGACAACAUUCCUCCAGGCCUUCCUGUCGUCCAUCAUCCCUCAGAGUCCACUUAAGCUCACAGAGGUGAUUAUCCUCAGCAAAUAUAUGAGAAAACACAUGUAUGCCAUUGAAAUACUUAUAUUUUUCAAUGUAAAAUGGGACUAAUAAGUAGUGAGAGUUAAACUGCAGCUGCCCAACACACUCAGUGAAAGAGCUGAGGUCUGUUGCAAUACUUGAGUGAUUGUCAGAAUAUCAUGUGCUGCUCUUCAGGUUGCUAAAAUGUAUUAGUGUGUCAACAGUUUUCAGUACCUUUGGCUUCCCCGCUGCCUUAAAUGUAAACAAUACAAGAGAGUAUAUGGUUUAUUCUUGGUAUUUGUACAAGUAUUACUGUAAAAUAUGUAAUAGAACUUUUACAUCACAUUAAAUGUAUUUUAAUCCCUCCCCCACAAUUUCAGAUCAAAUUCUUGUGGUGUAUUGUGGAGGGAUAACAUCGGAUUUUUUACCUUUGUUUACUAAAUAAAAUAAAAUAAUCAUGCUAAACUAGAUCACUCUAGGGCAUCAGAAAGUUUUCCACUGCAAAUUGAAAAAAUUCCAAUGCAAUUACCCUAUGCAAAUUAACUGGGAAAUCCACAUUGCUAUGACUAGCACCAGUGCCUCUGCAAUGAGUCACUCAGCACAGAGAUCCCAUUCCCACUUGGCCUUUGCAAGAGGGAGCUGCAAAGCCUAGAAGCAGGAAGAGAACUGUCCUUGUAGAGAGAGAAAUUUGUGGCAACCCCAAAUAAUGGCUGGCUGACAAGUCGAACUAAAAUACAUGGACUCCUGUAUGAAACUUCUUGUGCAGCACUGUACAAAUAAAGAGGGUGCUCAUGUAGAUACAGUCAUUUAAAAUCCAUAAGAUUCCUGCUGUAUAGGAGAAUUGUUUUAAUUAGUAUUCUUUGAAUGUCUACCCAGCCAUCUUUUUUUUUUCUUUAGGAAAUGCAUCCUUUGGCAUCUGUGGCAUGAUUGAAAAGUCUCUAUGUUUGUAAAUAUGUAAUAAAACAUUUUUAUAGAGAUAAAAAAUCUGGAGGGUUGGAAUGGAACUGGAAAAAAUCCAUAAAAAUGAAAAAAGCCGAAGUAUUUCCCAGAUACACCAGAAAUUACUGGAAAGAAAAGAAAGAAAUCUCCCCUCCCAACAUUUUCUGGCUUCUCCCCACCCUCCAGGCCUUCAUAUCUUUAAUUAUGCACCCAAUAUUGAGCAUUUGUUUUGAGAAUUCAUUUGUUUUUCAACCCCAGUAAUUGUAUGAUAUCUUCACAAGAAUACUUUACCAUAGUUGGAAGAAUGUAAUAGAUCUCUUCUUCACCUUAACUCAUUCUGCCCAUCUACCAUAAUAUGCAUGAUACUGGUGCAUUGUACAAGCAUAGUUAAUAGCCUAUGGAUAUUAAUUUGCUAAUGAACUUUUGGAACAAUGUCAAGAAUAUCCUUUUAAUAAGCAUGCUGUCACAGUGGCAUAUGAAUUUUAAUUACUUGGAUUUCCUGGUUACCAGACGGUAACAUGCAGUCAAGGGAAUGGCUCACAAAUGUUCAUGUGCCACUCUGCUCCUGUGAAAGAGGUUAAUGAUGCAUUUAUAUCAGGUUAGGCAAGCUUGACCAGCAUACAGUUCAUAUGUUCUUAAUGGAUUUCUGUAUUCCUUUCAAGGAGAUGAAGGCUUUAUGGUGUUGUGUGUUUGACUUAAGUUGGAGAAACACUGCUUUUUAACUUACAUAUAAAUGGGAUAGACUGAAAACUUACAUUAGAGUUCUCCUACUUGCAUACCAUGAUGUUCUUACGGAAUUUGUAAACAAAUGUUACUUUCUGAUGACUUCCAAACAGUUCAAUAUAUAGCUCUGGUAGGACUAUUUCUUUUGAAUUCUGAUACAUGUUCCUGCCAGGAUUUGUUCAUUUAUAUGGAACAAUUAUGAAAAGGAAAAGUAACUUGUCACACUUCAGAUUCUUAGUAAGUUCUACAGCAACCUCCUCCAACUUAGAUGUUUUAGACUAUGCCUCUUAUUAGCUCUGCCAACUGGCCAAUGAUCGAGAAUCCUGAGAGUUGUAAUCCAAAACUUCUGGAGGCCAUCAGGUUAGAGAAUGUCUGUUGCAGAGCAAAAGAACAAGGGGGCCCAAUCCUUUCAUUUGUCUGUGCAGAGCAGCGGUGAUUAUUGUAUGUUCACAGAGCUCUGCAUGUGCAUUCAGAGGGAAUGUCUCUAAACUGAGGUUCCAUCUCAUCAUCCCAGCCAGUUUCACAGGAGAGUGUCCAAUAUCACAAAUGGCAGGGUGUGCGGAGUAUACAUAACCAGUAACAGGAUUUAUCAAGGAUCUGGAACAACUUCCUGUGAGGAAAAGUUCCAUCUGGGAUCAUUCAGCUUAGAAAAAAAGACAAAUAAGGGGAGAUGUGGUAGAAAUAUACCAAAUUAGGUAUACUGUGGCAAAUGUUGUUAGGGAGACAUUUUUCUCCCUCAAGACUAGAACCUGGAGCAUCUCAUUAAGCUGAUUGGUGGUACAUUGUGGACAGAUAAAAGGAUGUACCUCAUAUAGUUGCGGCAUAUCGUUAAACUAUGGAUUUCACUUUCACAAUCACUACUCUUUAGGAUGGUUUUUAAAAGAGGGUUGGACAAAUUCACAGUGGAUAAGCUGUCAAUAGCUACAAGUUCAGAUGGCUAUAUGCUGCCUCCAGUAUCAGAGACAGUAUGCCUAGGUACACCAUUAGCUGGGGAACAUAGGGAAAGGGGUGCUGUAGUAAGGGCUGGAAUGUAUCCUCUCCAGCAGUGUGUUACUAUGUGAGUUCAGUAUCACCAAGGUUGGUCAAAGCUUGCAUCAUGUGGCCUAACUAGGAAACCCUGAUUCUGUUUCAACUUUGGUCUCAUUCUUACAAUGUGGCCUUGCUGUCCUUUCCUUUGUUGUCCUAGUCCUGCCAGUGAAGCAAUGAUGCAAAUAUUGCAAUUGCUAUAAAUUGCACAAAGAAAAAAAAAAAGACUUUCCUUGCUGCAAUGUCCUGGCUUAGAGACUACCUAUUUUUCUGAGUAGGCCUUAACCUCAGUACCUGCCUCCUUAACACAGAAUAGACUGUUGAUUACAGUAGAGUUCAUUUUUCAGUUUCCCUUCCCCAAAAGAAAAACUCAAGGUGGCUAGUGAUAUCUGUGGCAUGUUUAUAGCAAUCCUAUCUCUUUAUAUCUGUUUAUGUAGUGUCUAUAAGUCUGAUCUCUUAAAUCUGAAAUACAAUGAUACAUCAUAUUCAGAGCUCAGAACUAGUUUUAACCAACUCCAUGAUACGGUUAGGAGCAUCCUAAAUUGUUGAUCGAUUCUCAUUAGUUGCUCUAAUACCUUUCUAAGGUACGUAGUUGCAAGAGUUGCAUGGUUUGAUUCAGUUGUUAAAUAAUUUUAGUAAAAUGUUAGCUAGGAGAAGGAAAUAUAGUACUGUGUCAGAUCAGAAGCAUAGAAGUCCAUUUUAUAAGUAGGCAUUGUCAAAGUCUUAAAGGUCUUUUAACAUUUUUUGUUUAAUUUUUGACAAAGUACUUCUAAAAUUCUGCAGUGUUUGGACCCAGAAACUGUGGACUAGACAAGAUGACAGCAGGCAUGUAUUUCUAUGUAUGAAUUUGCCUUCUGCAUAUGUAAAUCAAACAGUUAUUUUAUUUAUUUAUUUAUUAUUUCAGUAGUAAAAGCAUGUGGGAAAUCAGUGUUGUUCUAGCCACUUUCCUCUUUUCCUAGAUUAUUUUGUAUAUUGAAGCAUCUAGUUAAAGAAAAAGAGGAAGGAAAGAUUCAUUUCUUCUUCUCCUCGUAUGCCUUGCCAACUUGUGCCUUCUUACAUAUGUUAAAAGGGUGGAAAUGCGAAUUACAGCCUUGUCUUAUCUGUUUUGGCCUUCAAAAGAAAUGUAGUAAACUUGAGCUGUCUUUCUGUCAAGGAGGAGCAUUUUGAAUAGAACUGUGUUGCAGUUGUUGGGAUUUCACACACUUGAUUCAUGAGGUUCUGUGACACAAAACAGUAUGAUUUCAGUGGUAUACCCAAAUAGAUCCUAAUUAAUGGAGAUCAAUGUUAGUCACAUUUAAAGGAUCUUCCGUUCUUUUUUCUUUCUAGCAGUAGAAGCUAGUAUAAAAAUAGCUGUAUGAGAUUCCUGUCUCAGUAAUUCAGAGCUCACCUUUCAGGCAACCUUGGAUUAGUGGCAUAUUUACUAGGAAUAAGCAUUCCUAAAGAGAAACUUCAGAAGGCUGUUGCUAUUCCACGUACUUUUUCUUCCUCCCUAUCCCAUGUAAUUUGUCUCUUCCUAGAUACACAUACAAGCAUGCUCAAGGGCAGUUUCUACUUUAAAAGUGAAGGAAACAGGAAAAAGAAAUUGGCUCCAAACUUCUGUAUUGAAUGCUGUUGGAAGUACAUGAGACCAUGGCAGAUGAUGAUGUUCAAGCAUCCAUACCAAAAAAGUGUGGCCCAUACAUUUCUUCAGUCACCAGCCACAGUCUGAACUUGUUGCUCCGUGGGGUUGUCCUUUUUUUAAUUGGAGUCUUUCUCGCAUUAGUAUUAAACCUGCUACAGAUCCAGAGAAAUGUCACCUUGUUUCCACCCGAUGUAAUUACAAGUAUCUUCUCUUCAGCUUGGUGGGUACCACUUGGCUGUGGAACAGCAUCAGCUGGGAUUGGGCUAUUGUACCCCUGCAUGGAUAGACAUCUGGGAGAACCACAUAAAUUUAAGAGGGAAUGGUCGAGUGUGAUGCGAUGUGUAGCAGUCUUUGUGGGUAUAAAUCAUGCCAGUGCUAAAGUGGAUUUUGCCAACAAUAUUCAGUUAUCCCUCACACUUGCUGCGCUUUCAAUUGGGCUGUGGUGGACAUUCGAUAGAUCUCGAAGUGGUUUUGGCCUGGGAAUAGGAAUAGCAUUUCUGGCCACACUGGUGACUCAGCUUCUGGUCUACAAUGGAGUUUAUCAAUACACAUAUCCUGAUUUCCUAUAUGUGCGUUCCUGGUUACCCUGUAUAUUUUUUGCAGGUGGGAUAACUAUGGGAAACAUUGGCAGGCAACUGGCAAUGGUUUCGGGAUCCUCCUGCUUGACAAGCCACCUAUCCAACCCAUAGCUUGGCUUCUCUCUGUGUCACCUACAGCCUACUCCUCAUGGUGCAGUUAGGCAUUAAAAAUAAAAGCUCCAUCUUUUGUGCAGAGGUGGGACAAUUUGGGAUAAGGGUCACGGCUGAGCAGGAAGAGUUAACCCUUUCUGUUUGCUGUCACUUGAACAUUGUUGUGCACCCUUCCCAGGAUGGCAGUUCCAUUUUUUAAGUCUUCUGUUGGCAUCAAGUCUGAGGCUUUUUCCAGAUAUAAAUGCCAUGCUGGGAGGUUAAUUCAGUGGGAUCAUGCUUUGCCGGUAUGAUUUAGGGAUUUAGGGUAUGGAUUCAUUAGAAGACUUUUUUCUGAUAGAAUUGCUGUGUGGAGGUAGAGUUGAGUAUCUGAGUUUGUGUGUGUUGAUAAGGGUGUGCAUAGUGACCCUGCUGCUUUUUCUUUGACCCUUGCCACUCUUUGCUUUGGCACCUAUGGGCCUCCAAAGGUUAAGUACAAGCUAUGAGCUGAAAAGGGUUUCCUACCUUUAUUUUAUUCAGACACGUAUUAUCAUCCCUUCCAGAAGUAGGUAGCAUGUUUUACCUUUGUUCAAAGCUAUAGGUAAGGUGUAGUAACUGUUUACUCCAUAGGCCUGUGCAGCAGAGGUGAGCAGAUUUCAGGUUUGUGUUAGCUAGUGUGUUUUUCACCAGAUGUGAGUCCAAAAUGGGCAAUUAGACCAUACUCGUGUACCUUUAAAAUUAAGGAACAGGUUCCUCUUACUACAUGCUCUAGUAUGCCUUUUCAUACACAAAGAUCCAUCCUAUGAUUCAGUUCAUUGAUACACCAAGGCAGUAACCGCGGGACUCCUAGUAGUCUCCCAUCCCAGCACUAACCAAACCUUCUUAGCUGUGGGACAGUGGCUGCAUUGUGUGCCUGUAGAUCAUGUCCUCCUCACCCACCUCUUGCAGCGUUCUCCUUUUCACUAGCUUAAUUUUAGAGUGGAAUGGUGCCUUUUAUUACGAUUGUUUUAUUUUAUUUAUUUAUUUAUUUAUUUGGGAUAUUUCUAAGCCGUUGAAUCACUCUGAGUCUCUGGAUGGCGUAGACAUUUGGAACUCAGGAUGCAGAUCUACUAAGGCCCUUUGUGCUUUCCUGCUGUACAGAUUGCACAUAGGUUGCCUGUUCUGUUUUACCAGGACACCUGCAGCUCACAGGCAUAAUGUGGAGCACUGGCCCUCUGGGAAAAUGGAAACUGAGCUGCACCAUCCAUCCAUCCAUCCUCAUAGUUCUUUUAGAAUUUUACAGUUUUGUGUUAAUGUUCACAUACCAUUCUUAAAGAAACUUAUGCUUACUCUCUCUG